GCUCAGGCGGGCGGGCGGAGGCGGCGCCGUGGCGGCGGCGUUUGGUGCUCGGUCCAAGAUGGCGGUGCAGGAGUCGGCCGCUCAGCUCUCGAUGACUCUGAAGGUGCAGGAGUACCCCACGCUCAAGGUACCAUACGAAACGCUGAACAAACGUUUCCGAGCUGCUCAGAAAAACAUUGACCGAGAGACUAGCCACGUAACUAUGGUUGUAGCAGAGCUGGAGAAGACGCUGAGCAGCUGCCCAGCUGUGGAUUCUGUGGUUAGUCUCCUUGAUGGAGUAGUCGAAAAACUCAGUGUUCUGAAAAGAAAGGCAGUGGAAUCAAUCCAGGCUGAAGACGAGAGUGCAAAACUAUGCAAGCGCAGGAUUGAGCAUCUCAAGGAGCACAGCAGUGAUCAACCAGCUGCUGCUAAUAUGUGGAAGAAAAAACGCAUGGAUCGUAUGAUGGUGGAGCAUCUCUUGCGAUGUGGCUAUUACAAUACAGCUGUAAAACUGGCCAGGCAAAGUGGUAUUGAGGAUCUGGUAAAUAUUGAGAUGUUCCUGACUGCCAAAGAAGUAGAAGAAUCCUUGGAAAGACAAGAAACAAUGACUUGCUUAGCUUGGUGUCAUGAUAACAAAUCUAGGCUCAGGAAGAUGAAGCAUUCCUCUAAGAGCUGUCUGGAGUUCAGCCUAAGGAUUCAGGAGUUCAUUGAACUUAUUCGACAGAACAAGAGACUGGAUGCUGUCAGACAUGCAAGGAAGCAUUUCAGCCAGGCUGAAGGAAAUCAACUGGACGAGGUACGACAGGUGAUGGGAAUGUUGGCCUUCCCUUCAGAUACUCAUAUCUCUCCUUACAAGGAUCUUCUGGACCCUGCCCGGUGGAGGAUGCUAAUCCAGCAGUUUAGAUAUGAUAACUACAGGCUGCAUCAGCUGGGGAACAACUCUGUCUUUACUAUAACACUCCAGGCCGGGCUUUCAGCUAUAAAAACACCACAAUGUUAUAAAGAGGAUGGCAGUUCCAAAAAUCCUGACUGCCCUGUUUGUAGCAAAUCCCUAAAUAAGCUGGCUCAGCCUCUGCCAAUGGCACAUUGUGCCAACUCCCGACUAGUCUGCAAGAUUUCAGGAGAUGUGAUGAAUGAAAAUAAUCCUCCCAUGAUGCUUCCAAAUGGAUAUGUGUAUGGAUACAAUUCUUUGCUUUCUGUUCGUCAAGAUGAUAAAGUAGUUUGCCCAAGAACCAAAGAAGUCUUCAACUUCUCACAAGCUGAGAAGGUCUACAUUAUGUAAUUCCCUCGUACAUACAAUGAAGUGCCGCUGGAAUUUGACAUAAUAUAUUUUGGCAUGACCUGUAGAGAAAGAUCUUGAGUGUGGCUAAGAGAGCUGGGGUGGGAAUCAGAUUGGUUGGUGGCAUUUUUUUAUUGCGACCAAAGAUCAAUGAACAACAAUAUACACUCUUAGAAACUGAGGAAGUGUGACUAAAAAGUUGUACUUGGAGGGAACAAAUAUUGAAUGUUUGGAUUUUGUUACAGUAAUUGGACUUUUCUCAAAUAAUCAUCCAGCAAAAACUCAGCUCAAAAAAUGGACAGUUUCACAUGAGGAAAAAAAAAGUUACAGUGAACCUCAAAGGGCCAUUUCACACUUCCAGACCUGUUUUCAACAUCACCAAUAUGUGCCCAUGUAUGGAAGAACAUAUUAUUUGAAGGGGUCAAAUAUGCAAAACUGUGAUAACAUGCACCAGGGAACUGGGGCCAGUCACGGCCUCCGAAUGUGUGUCGACCUUGUGGCCUCAAGUGUGUGCAUGCACACACGUGCAUCUCCCCUUCAAAUGUGGUUGUCAGCAUGAGACACAUAAACUGGAAAUGCAUUUGCAAUGUCAAGAGUGUGAUGUAGGUCUGUGUGCUUCCUUUUUCUGUGUUAGCAAUCCCAUGGGCCAUAGUAGAUGCUUGAUGACAACACUAACACAAGGCUGAUUUAACUGGAUCAGUUAGGAGUUCUUUGAAAAGAACUGCAGGGGUUUAUUCUCUUCCAAAAACCCUCCCCACAUUGACCAUCUUGGGAAGACUGCAUAAAUAUGAAGUAACUGAAAACAUUACAGGCACAAUGCACUGCUUGUAUGUCUGUCCUUCUUCCAGUUGACCAUAGUGUUAAAAUUCUUCAUUUAUUAGUUAACUAUGUGCAUAGGAUUCAAUAUCAAACCAUUAGUGCUACUGCCUUAUUUCUUACUUUGAGAAUGUACUCACAUAAGGAUCAGCUGGUAACCUUAAGUGUUGGGCAAAUUUUGAAGAUGCCUUGCAGGAUUAAUUAUGUAAUUUUAGGGUAUUCAUUACACAAGAGAUUAGUUCAAUUUUAACAGCUGCAAAUCACAUCCUUAUCACUCUCCAAAUAAAACCAUUGUAGUUGGAAAAAACCAUAUGGUAGAAGUUUGUAUUUAGCAUUUAUUUUUGCAUGUUGAUGUUGAUUAGCUAAUAAAGACUGUAAACA